AGUGUAAAACCAGCGGAAUAGUGUAAAUUCGUACCCCACCAUGACCCGCUUCGUCCCGGCAGGAUAUGAAGAUUCGGAUGAGGAUGAUUUCGACGAGUAUGGAUUCAUUUCGAAUCCUUGCACUAAGAAAUCAAAUGAACGCCACAAACCGGAAGAGGAUUACGAAAACCUGUUGCACAAUGCGCUUUGCGAGGGAAACUUGGAGGAAACGAAACGAAUUUUGCAACUGGACGCGUAUCGCCGGCGCCGCGAUAGAAUGAUGUGCCGCGGAUGGCCCGUGAUUUUUUACGUCUGCCUCCAUGCACACCGUGCCAUUCUGGAAUAUCUAUUCAGCGAGGAAAAAGUCGACGUCAAUCAGGCCUACAACAUGGAAACGGCCCUGAUGAAAGCCUGCCAAUCUUCAAAACCCACUGACCAGGUCUAUCCCAUCGUUCGCUUGUUGCUAGAGGCCGGUGCACACAUCGAAGUAAUGGACCAGUACGGUAGCACUCCGCUUAUGUUUGCCUGCCAGCGUGGCCAUUUGCCGGUGGUGGAGGAAAUUGUUGGCGAAUCGCCGCUAACAACCGUGGACAGAGAUGGAAACACGGCUCUGUUCCUUGCUGUAAUGAACAAUCAUUGCGAGAUAGUGAAGGUGCUACUGCGUGCUGGAGUUGAUUUUAAUAUCGUCAAUCGAAAAAAGUACACCCCCCGGCAGUAUGCGGUCUUCGAGAACAACAUGGAGAUACUGGCACUUUUUCCUGCGGAAGAAGAAAUCUACGAACUGCCCACCAAAUACAGUGUGUUUUCGCACUGUCGGGAUCUGGUUCACGGUGAAACAGAGGGGCAACCGCCGGAAUACCAUUGGGAAAUUGACGGACUGCUGUUCGGUGCCGAUAGCGAAAAACUGAUGCCUUUUUUCGCAAAGCAAGACAUUGGUCUGUUCGAUUUCCUAACCAUGACCGAUGAUCGGCUGCGUGACAUUGGUAUUAAGUAUCCGAUCCAGCGCAAAAGGAUACUGUUGGCACUGUACGACUUUCAUCUGCAACCCUGGUCCAACAGCAGCCUCGACGUAUUGAGGGCAGCCGGAACCGUUGACGCUUACGACGUGCUGGAGCUCUUGGGAAACUUGCUAAAACACGUCACCGUGCUACACAGCACGUUGUUGCACACGCAGCAACUUGUCGAUGGACGAGACGGUACGAAGGUUUUCGAGACUGUCACAAAAGCUUCAAACCUGCAGCAAGAUAUUCACCGUUUCAAGACGUUGGUUCGUUCGUGUCGGGCGCAGAUAUUAAAGCAGCACAAGGUGUCCUCUCCUAAACCGGUGCUUCGAGUGGAGCCCCAGCUAAUCCCAAACCGAUUCUCGAAGGCAUACAAAAUCGGAACUUGUUUGCUUCUGCUGGGGUCUAUCGUCUUUUUAAAGUUGAAGAAAUAA